AUGGCGAGCAACCGGCCGCAGCGGAACGACAACUCUCUCGACCGCCUUGUGCGAGGCUUUAUCGCCGCGGCGAGGCCUCAUAUCGAGGGCCUAAUGGGCGCCAACUUUCCCGAAGCCGAGCUCCGCACCGCGCUGCGCGGUAUCCCAACGGCAGAGCAGCGCGCCGGCGCAGUCCGUAACUAUGUUGAGCGCAUCGUCUCGCAGGACGAGCUGAACCAGCUCUUAGAUCAGCUUGUGCUUCAAGAGGCCCAGCCGCCAGCCGGCGUCUUCGAGGCGGCGAGGACGAUGUUGCCCGGCUCCAGUACCAAGGUGGGCGACUGGCAGGUCUUUACCCUCGGCCCCGGCACUGGGGCCGCCAUGGCGGGACGCGUGGUCCUCCUCUUGCCAGAGCACGAGCGCAACGCCCUCACUGCGCCGGCAGCCGACUCGCCUACUAUCGUCUGGCUGGACCCCGAGGUGGCUGCCACUGUCGAUAUUACAGCCCUCCAUCGCGACCUUGAGAGGUACAUGGCCGACCAGCCGAUCAGCUCCGUGACUGGAUGCAACGAGGCUCCAGCAACAUUUAUCACACCUGCCGCUUCAGGCGCUCCUCCUGCAACUGUAGUUCAGCGGCCAUAUAUGCCACCCUCCGUCACGUUCGCGCCUCAUACUGCUCCGCAGUCCACCCUCGCCCCUGUGCUCCAUCCGACCCAUGUGGAAGCACAGUCCCAGCCCCAAGGAAUCUUGGCCGCCCCCUUGGCCGGUGUGGGGUCGGACAGCACGAUAUCGCCCAUCAGCACCGGUUUCGUUGAUGACUUCACAUUCACUCUCCCUGCUCCAGAUGCUUUCCUUCCAGGAACAAGAAUCCCAGCGCACUCAUCAGCAGUGCCGGUGCCGGCACCUCUCUACCCCCAGCCCCUCGCGCCACUUCAAAUCCCCGCUCCCAGCUCGGCAAUGAUGCAGGCGCCAUACUCGGCACCAGCGGCCCAGCCGGCGUUCUGGGCUCCGAUCCCCAGGCCCCCGAUCCAGUUUCCCAACCUGCCAUCUACUACCGGACGGCAGACUCCAGUGCCAGCUACCGCGGUAGCCGCCGCCACGCCCACCCCAAUCGGCAUGUUUGUGCCAAACAUCCCUGUUGGUGGCCGUCUGCAGACUCGCAGCAGCUUGCUACAGCUUGAAGGAUUCGGCCCAGCGACGCGAACCUUCAGCCAGGCAUCGCAGGGUGACGUACAAGGCGCUCAGAAUGAUGCUGAGCGCCGGGCGAAGCAGCCGCGACUGAACUAA